CUUUGAUCAAUAAAGUAUCAUCAACUUCUCACCAUUUACAUUCUCUCUCUAAAAGUAAAAGUGCAGUAUAUAGGAACGAAAUUGCUUGGAUUUGAUUCUUAGCCAACAAUUAUAUAAUCACAUGUUCCCCCAUUCACAAAUUAGCAAGCCUCAAUGGAUGCAUUUCCUUCUUCUUCUUCACGAUGCAAUUAUGACGUCUUCUUGAAUUUUAGAGGGGAAGACACUCACAGUGAUUUUGUGAACCAUCUUUAUAUGGCUCUGCAACAUAAAGGAAUUUACACCUUCAAAGAUGAUGAGAAGCUUAAGAAAGGAAACUCAAUUUCUUCAGAACUCCUCAACGCAAUCAAGGAAUCGAAAUUUGCAAUCAUCGUAUUUUCAAAAAAUUAUGCAACCUCUUCGUGGUGUUUAGAUGAACUCGUAGAGAUCAUUGAAUGCAAGAAUACAGUGGGACAGACAGUUUUGCCCGUCUUCUACAACGUCGAUCCUUCACAUGUAAGGAAACAAAAGGGAAGUUUUGCAAAAGCAUUUGUCAAGCAUGAAGAAACUAUUAAGGAAGACAAAGAGAAGGUUAAAAGGUGGAGGGCAGCAUUGACGGAGGCAGCAAACUUAAGCGGGUGGGAUUUAAACAAUAUCACAAAUGGGCAUGAGGCAAAGUUUAUCCAAAAAAUUGUUCAAGAGAUUAUAAAAGAAUUGGGGCAUAUACCAUUAAAUGUGGCUACGUACCAAGUAGGGAUAGAUUCCCGUGUAAACAAAGUGAUCACUUUGCUAGACAAUGGGUUAAAUGAUGUGUGCAUUGUGGGGAUUUGUGGUGCUGGUGGAAUAGGAAAGACAACCAUAUCAAAAGCUGUCUUCAAUCGAAUAUAUAAUCAAUUUGAAAGUUGUUGUUUCCUCAGCAAUGUGAAAGAAGUUUCAGAACAACAUGGCCUAACUUAUCUCCAAAAACAACUCUUGAUUGACAUUCUUAUGGAAGAAGAUCUAAAGAUACGUAACGUUGAUUAUGGGAUCAACGUGAUGAAGAAAAGACUCCGUUAUAAGAAAGUUCUUGUAGUUCUUGAUGACGUGGAUAGUUUAAAGCAAUUAGAGAGUUUAGUGGGAGGAAAUGACUGGUUUGGCUCUGGAAGUAGGAUCAUUGUAACAACCAGAAAUGAACGUUUAUUGGUGGAGCAUAAAGUAGAUCAUGAAAUGUUCAGGGUUGAGUUAUUGAAUGACGAUGAAGCUCUUGAACUUUUUAGUUGGUAUGCUUUUGCUAACAUCGAUCCUUUGGAGGAUUAUGUGGAACUCUCACUGCGUGUAAUAAAUUAUGCCCAAGGCCUUCCAUUAGCUCUUCAAGUUUUAGGUUCAUUUUUAUUUAAAAAAAGUAUAAAUGAGUGGGAACAUGAACUGGAUAAUUGGAAAAGAAUUCCAAAUAGAGAGAUUUACGAUGUUCUCAAGAUAAGUUUUGAUGGCCUUUAUGAUACAGAGAAAGAUUUAUUCCUCGACGUCGCUUGUUUUUUCAAAGGGUAUGAUAAAGAUUAUGUCAUGGAUAUAUUGGGCAGUAAUGGGUUUCACCCACGAAUUUCAGUUCUUAUUGAACGGUCAUUGAUAACUAUCUCCGACAACAAUAGCUUGUGCAUGCAUGAUUUGAUACAAGAAAUGGGUAAAGAAAUUGUUCGUCGAGAAUCACCUGAUGAUCCUGGAAAACGUAGUAGGUUGUGGUUUUACGAGGAUGUCUAUAAAGUACUCAGAGAAAAUACGGUGACCGAAACAAUUAACGGCAUUAUGCUAAACAUGCCUUAUGGUCAUCUACCAGAGGAAUUACAUGUAAAUGUCAAUGUCUUUGAGAAGAUGAAGAAACUUAAAGUACUUAAACUCAGUGGGACAAGACCUUGUGGACUCCUUUCAUAUCUUUCAAAUGAAUUAUGUUAUCUCGAUUGGGAUGAUUACCCGGCAAAGUUUUUGCCAUCCAAUUUCCAUCCAAGAAAUCUUGUUCAACUUCGCCUUUGUCGUAACCAUAUCAAAGGAAUUUCAUCAGUUAUCAAGUUUCUAGAGUUAAAAUUCCUUGAUGUCAGUCACUCCCUAUAUUUGGAUAAAACUCCUGAUUUUUCGAAUCUCCCGUGUCUCGAGAAAUUAAAUCUUGAAGGAUGUACUAACCUUAUUGAGGUUCACGAGUCGAUUGGAGUUCACAAGAGACUUGUUAGAUUGCGUCUCAAGAAUUGUAAAAAUCUGAGUCGUCUCCCGAUAAGCAUCAAGUUGGAAAAGCUGGAAACUUUGAAUCUAUCAGGAUGCCUAAAACUUGAGAAGUUUCCAGAGGUUCAAGGGCCUAUGGAUCGUUUGUGGUAUCUUUGUUUGAAAGAAACUGCAAUAAAGGAUUUGCCUGCAUCGAUUGAGCAUCUUGAAGGGCUUAAGAUUGUAUCUGUAAAGAAUUGCCGGAAGCUUAAAAGUAUUCCAAGCAACAUUUUUUCAAGAAUGAAGAAUUUAAUAUCCGUUCAUAUGGGAGGAACUGCUAUAGAACAAUUACCAUUAUCCAUUGUGCAGUUGUCUAAACUUGGUAACCUUAAUCUAAAUGAUUUGCAAAAAUCGUCUCCCAAAAUGCCAAAAUCAUUGAUGCCAUUUUCAUUGGUGCGAAGGAAAACUCUUGUGUCUUCAACUUAUUUGCAAUUGGACCUGCUCUCCAGAUUGAGCACUUUAGGUCAUUUAGAUCUGAGGAACUGCAAUUUAUCAGAAGAAUCCUUUCCCAAGGAUAUUGGCUGCCUAUCUGGUACUGUGGAAUUGUUAAACCUGAGUGACAACAAUUUCUCUAGCAUGCCACAAAGCCUAGUUCAAUUCACAAAUCUGAAUUCCCUUGUUUUGGAGCAUUGCACAAGCCUCAGAAUGUUGACUUCACUUCCGUCAUCUAUUGAUUAUGUGAAUGCACAUGGCUGCAAAUCAUUGGAACGGUAUUGGAUUCCACCAAAUGCAAGUGGUUCAAAUAAUUGCCGAUUCAGAUUCACUGAGUGCCACAAAUUGGUUAUGGAUCAUAUUGAUAACAUGCCAAAUAUAUCAUCACAAACUCAGCUUCAGGGAUUUCUUUAUAUCAUUGUUCCCGGAAGUGAGAUACCGCAAUGGUUUAGGCAUAAGAGUGAAGGUGAGGGAUGUUCAUCAGCGUCUUUUGUGGUGGAUCAUCAUCUAUCUCCUUACAAUAACAUCAAAGGAAUUGCCAUUUGUGCUGCUUUGGAAUAUCUUGGAGUUGACUCAAGGAUUCAAUUUGAUCUCAAAAUCAACGGUUAUGGCGCGGACUGUUGGUAUCGAAAUUACCCAAAAGAAGGGGAGCAGGAGCUUUUGUCAGAUCACGUCAUUGUGACGAACAUAACGGAAUAUUACGUUGGGUUGUUGUCUAGAGACAAACAACCAAUUAAAAAUUUGAUGAAGAAGAGACCAAAGCUCAACCCAGGCCCUCCCAAUAAUUGUGAUGAUUCCUCUUUCAUUCAGGUUUCAGUUAAAUUCUUUGGUCGCCCUUAUGAUCCCUACACUGGACCAAAAGUCAAGAAAUUGGGUAUCCAUCUAGUAAUGGAAGACCAAGCUGAUGGUGAGUAGACCCACCAAUAUAUAUGUAUAUUGUGUAUAUAUGAUAGACUUAAAUACAAGUAAGGAAGUUCAAAUAUUCAAUAAUAUGAUAGUUUCAUCUUUCUCUUUAAUUUGUGUAAAAUUGAAAUUGAACUUUGAAUGUGUAGUAGCAUACAUCAAUUGUAUGUGAGCUGUAAGCGCUCUUGUUGGGCUUGUCGAGUAUCGAACUGAAAAGGUUAACCUAUAAGGUGGAGUGACUCUUACCUCAUAUAAGUACCAAAUUUCCUUCUUUUCUAACUGAUGUGGGACUGUUCAAGUACUCAACAUAUUUUACUCUCGAAGGUUUUUUUAGUAUUAAUUAUCUUCUAGUCACGGUAUUUGAAAUUUCAGGGUUUAUUGACUUGGCUAUAAAGAAGAACAGUUUGCUUGGUGGAGAUGACUUUAAGAGGAAGUCUGUGCUAGUUGAUUUCCUUGUUUGAGAUAGUGUUCUAGCAGAACCUAGUGGCAAUUUGGUUUCGCAGGGACAGGAGCAAAAUGACUUGGAUAAUAUACUGGUCUCUUUCAUAUAGGAGGUAUAUUUGAAGGGGUAACACUUGACUGGUUGUGUGGCUCAUAGGAAAAGGGUUGGUGAGGAUAGUUUCUAGCUAAUUUCAAGUUGAGGGUUUUUCUGAUUUUAGUUUCAGCAGGCAAUACUUUAAUUACAACUUUGUAAAUUGUCGAUUCAUAUUUACUGGAAAAAAGAAAAAAAGGUAUCAAAUUUUCAUGAA